AUGUUUUCCAGGACAGCGUUCUCAGCGGUCGCGCAAAACACGCUCCGCCCGCGCCACAACCCUCUCCUCUCGCCACGCUUCGCCGCCCUCCAAAAGUCCUUCCUAUCAACGGAGGUUCAGAAAGCGAUCGACAAGGCCGUAUCUACGGCGCCAGUGGUGUUGUUCAUGAAGGGUACACCAGAAACGCCACAAUGCGGGUUCUCUAGAGCGAGUGUGCAGAUACUUGGGUUGCAGGGCGUGGAUCCGCAGAAGUUCGCGGCGUUCAAUGUGCUUGAAGAUCAGGAUCUGAGAGCAGGCAUCAAAGAGUACUCGGACUGGCCGACAAUACCUCAGCUGUAUGUCAACAAGGAGUUCGUAGGAGGUACGGAUAUCAUGAUGUCGAUGCAUCAGGAUGGCACUUUGGCGAAGCUGCUGGAAGAGAAGGAGGUGCUGGUACCGGCGGAGAGCGACAGUGGUUCGGCCAGUAGCUCGUGA